AUGAACGGGACUGAAGUGCAGAUGAAACUAACGGAGAUGUGUUCGCUCUUAUAUCCGAACCACUGCUGCGAUGAAGUGAUCGGUCACUUCUUGGUGUCGAAGCCCUGUCUGACGACAAUAGUGUCCAAAACUCUUGGAUACGGCAUAAUCAUGGGCUCAACGCUCGUGAAGUUGCCUCAGUUGCUGAAGAUAUGGGGCGCCGGUAGCGGUGAGGGAAUCAGUUUCGCUGGCGUUGUCCUCGAACUCAUUGCGAUGACCUUUUCGGCCGCCUAUGCCUUCGCCAAUCACUUCCCGUUCAGCGCUUGGGGUGAAUGUCUCUUCUUAAUGCUCGUCACGGCUCUCAUCGCAUCCCUGGUCCUCAACUAUCAACGCAACCAACUCUCGGCCCUCGCAUUCAUCGGCUCUUACGUGACGCUAACCUAUGUUCUGAUGAGUGGUUUGACUCCGAUGUCGGUGUUGUGGUCACUGCAAGCCGUGAACCUUCCGCUCGCGAUCUCCGGGAAGAUGUUUCAGGCGUUCGUUAAUCUGCGGAACGGAAACACCGGACAGUUGUCUGCCAUCACAGCUGUACUCAUAUUUCUGGGCGCUUUCGCCCGUAUAUUCACAUCACUUCAAGAAACCGGUGAUCUUCUGGUUGUGUGGACUUUUACGGCCGCCUCUGUCGCCAACUUUAUACUAUUGGCCCAAAUCUUCUACUAUUGGGAACAAACCAAUCAAUACCUCAACGCUUUGCAGAAGAAGAAAAAGAAGUAG